AUGCCGGUCGAGCGACAACAUAGCUCCCAGAUCCGAAUCUUCAGGCGCGGCGGCCCCCAAACAGUCACGUACGACCUUUCCAAGCCAGCCCAUGUCACCAUCACAGUGCCUGUCUCUUCGACGUGGACGUCGGGGCUUCAUUGGCACGAGACUCACACAGAGUAUCUCCAAAUCCUGCAAGGACGCGCCUUUGUGAGAGUGGGAGACCGGUCCGGGCAUUACGGGGCAGAGGACAGAGUGAUCGAAGUGCCUAAGUACACCGUGCACGAAUGGCACCGAAUCGACGAAAACGAGGACGAGGACGAUGGCGCCGAAGAAGAUCUGAUCGUUCGGGAAUGGACGGCCCCGGAGGACGGUCAGAAGGAGGCAUUCUUCAGGAUGUUGAAUUCGUUCCUGACCGAAGACCACCCAAGCUCCCUGUAUGAAAUGUCGACCCUGGCACCGACAUGGCUCCGGAGAGUGCUCGAGGGGUGGAUCGUCACGUUGCAGUUGUUGAGCAUCUUUCGAGCCUGGGACAACUGGCCUGUGUUGGUGGGCAACAAUGGCGGAUGGGUUAGUUGGUCAGUGACCCACGCUGUUUUGUAUGUCUGCUAUUGGAUUGGCCGUGUUCUGGGGCUACGAGGGGUUUACAUCGAGUAUGUGGGAAGAGAGCUGGCGGUGAGGGUAGGGGUGAAGCAAAAGGAAAUGUAA